AUACAGAUUAACAGACCGGUGAAGACGGUUAGGUUAAGGAUGCCUGGAGGUGGGGUUGAGACAGAUUGUCCCACGAUGUGAUAUUUUCUGUCCCCCUGCCUUUCAAACAGCUCUGUUUAGAUAAAACACUAAAUUCAGGAAGGUAAUUGGCUUUCUGCUUCUGUGAUCUUAGAGAUUCUUUGGGUGUAUAUGAUCUUAAAUAAACUGAAUUUCAUUGAAUAUUAUAGCUUUAUAGAGUUUACUGGAGAGCACAGUUUAUUUAUGAUCCCAAAACACAUUAGAUUUUAGCUCAUCUCUACCAGCUGCAAUGGAGCUCGCAGAGGAAAACUCAAAGCCACUGUCAGAUGCCAAAACCAGCACCGACGGUCCUGUGGAUACAGGAGCUCAGAGACCCACGUGGAGUGGGCAGCUGGACUUCAUCCUGGCCACGGUGGGAUACGCAGUGGGACUGGGAAACGUCUGGAGGUUUCCUUACCUGUGUUACAGCAGCGGCGGAGGUGCUUUUAUUAUCCCCUACCUCGUCAUGGUUUUCCUUUGUGGAAUUCCUCUGCUCUUCAUGGAGUUUGCUGUUGGCCAGUAUUCUCAUUUAGGGCCAGUGCAUGCAUUCGCCAAAAUCUGCCCCCUCUUUAAAGGUGUAGGUCUGGCCACAGUUGUAAUCUCCUUUGUCUUCUGCACAUUCUACAAUGUGCUGAUGGGCUGGGCAUUUUUCUACUUGUUCAACUCAUUCAGAGGAACUCUCCCCUGGUCAUCUUGCAACAACACUUGGAAUGUCGUUGGAAACUGUUCCAGCGGUUUUCCUGGCAAUGCCACCCAUCUGCAGUCUUCAAGCCAGCAGUUCUUUGAUCACAAACUUUUAGAGAAGACCAGUGGGAUUGAAGAAGCUGGUGGCCUACAGUGGGAAGUAUUUGGCUGUCUUCUUCUCUCAUGGAUCAUCAUUUAUUUAUGCACAUUUAAAGGAGUCAAAUCCACAGGCAAGGUGGUGUAUUUCACUGCUGUCUUUCCAUACUUUAUCUUGUUCGCCCUGCUUAUCAAUAAUGUCCAGCUGCCUGGAGCAAAGGAGGGCAUUCUUUAUUUUAUAACACCUGAUUGGAGCAAACUGUUUGAAGUCAAGGUUUGGGUCAGUGCAGCUGCCCAGGUGUUUAACUCACUGGGAAUAGCAUACGGCUGCAUGAUUUCAAUGGCUAGCUACAACAAGUUCAACAACAACAUCACCAGGGAUGUGUUAAUAGUAUCAUUAGUCAAUUCCUUCACCAGUAUCCUGGCUGGCCUUGUAAUCUUCUCAGCUAUUGGCUACAUGUCUUUUAAACACAAUCUACCAGUGGACAACAUAGCUACAGAUGGUCCUGGUUUGGUGUUUGUUGUGUAUCCUGAAGUUCUCUCCACCAUGCCUGGUUAUCAGUUCUGGGCUCCAAUGUUCUUCAUCAUGCUGCUGUGUCUUGGUCUUGACAGUCAAUUUGGCAAUGUGGAGGUGGUCGUGACGUUCUUGAAGGACGAGCUUGGAGUCAAAGUUCUUAGGUACCUGAAGAGAGAGGAGCUUCUUGUUCUGGUUGUGUGUUUUGCGGGGCUUCUUUUGGGAAUCCCUCAUGUAACUCAGGGAGGCAUUUACGUGUUCCAGCUGAUGGACUACUGCACUGCUGUGGGUUCCCUCAUAUUCCUGGCUUUCUUUGAAAUAGUGGCUGUAUGCUGGAUCUUUGGAGUCUCUCGUCUUUCCCUGAUGGUGAAGAGGAUGCGAGGCGAGUCUCCGAGCCUCUUCUUCCGCCUCUGCUGGCUGCUCCUCUGCCCCCUACUGAUGCUAAGCAUCCUGGUAUCCAGCAUUGUUCAUUACAUGCCUCCUCGCUAUGGAGAGUACAUGUACCCACUGUGGGCUGAGUUAGUGGGGUGGGUCGUCUCACUGGUCUCUAUAGUGUGGAUCCCACUUUGUGCUGUUCAUGAGAUCUACAACAGCAAAGGAUCACUUCUUCAGAGAAUGAAAAAAGCUGUGGCCCCUACAUUAGACCUGGAUGCCAUGGAUCCUCAUCCAAAGAAGCAGAAAGCAGACAAACCAGUGUUGAAAAAACUGUUAAGAUCAUCUGUGUAACCAGAGAGUGAAAACCAACUCUGUGUGUGAAAUGAUUAGUCCUGUGGGAUGCUUAGAUAUUUUAGUCUUUGUCUGUUUUUACAAGGUCAUGUUUUUAUGAAAGACAUAACUUUAAACAAACUGUAAAUUUUGAAGGUUUUUAAUUUUUUCUGUAAAAAACCUUUGGUUUUAUCCAUCAUCUGAAGGAUAAAUAACAACAAUUUGCUUUUAGAAUCUUACUGUUAUGUAAAAAAUAAAACUUAUUCUGUAUGCUUUGUAAAUGCAGGGAUGUUAUUCUCAGGGUGUUUUUGACUAUUGUGCUUGGUGGGCUUUGUGGCGCAUAAUGAAUCUGUGGAACUGGCAAUUUAUGCUUUUGUAAAUCUGAAACACAACAGCUGCUUCAGUAAUGACACAUUCAGAUCUAAUGUGACAACAAGUCGGUAAUAAACCAAAAGAAUAAAUUAAAGAAUCAAAUCAACCAAGUUAAAUUCUGAAUUUGUGGCUUUAUACCUACAAUAAGAGGAAAAACAAAGGCUCACAUGGAGCAAGGUUAAACAUAAGGAGAUGUUUCAUGAAAAUCUAAAUCCAAAAAAUAAUUGUUUACAAUGUGUCUGAGCUUAUAUGCUGCAGACAUUAGACUUUAUUUCCAUUGCUCAUCAAUACUUCUUUAAAAUAAUCCCUUAUAAGAGACCCACCUUCACAUUUACAGAAGAUUAAAUAAACCAAUCAGUCCAGAUUGAUGAUUAACCUGCUGGGGAAGAUUUUGUCUGAUAUCUUUUUAGACAUUAUAUUUUAUUCAAAGUUGUGUUAUACUUCUCUUAGCAAUAUUUAGUUUCAACUUUAUCCUUGUUUUAAAAAGUGUAAAGUUAGAAAGACAGUUCAUGUCUUUCUAAAGUUUAUGUGAUCAAAUCUGUUAUUCAUUUGAAUGAAUGUUUGGACCAAAGUUACUGAACAUGUUUAUUAAACAUAUUAAGCAAUAAGAAUGCGACUAGAUGUCCUAUUGUUGAAAUGUAAUUUAUUACAACUCAAGCUUUGUGAUUGUUUAACAGUCUUAGAGAAAAUAUAAAUGAUUUACCGGUACUCUGUGUCUGUAAGGGGAAAAGUCAAAACUCAAUGAACGGAAAAACUUUGGUCAACAAUGAAGCUGUAAUUUUUCAACCUUAGGAAGUAAAUAUAAACGGCAGAAAUGGUGAUGUAAUGAAAAAUUGUCUAUGAGGUUCUGACUUACCUUCUUGGCUAUUUCUGUUGCUGACUAAGAAAAAUAUUUGUCCUGCUGGAGAUGUCUGGAUCAAAAAGUAGUGAACAUAUUCUUUGAGAAAUGCAUAUCAUUAUUCAAGUGAGAAGUAAACAUUCGUCUCAAUUACACUUCUUCUGAUAUUCAGUAAUAAAAAUA